CCCUUUUUAAUAGUCUAGUUCUUUGUGUGUAAUAACAACACCACACCACAUACAAGCAUGGCUUCUACUGGUUCAUCUUCUUCCUCAUGGUCUUCUUCAAAUUGGGUCAUGGAAAAUGCUGCUACCCCACAUGUUCUUGCUGUUGAUGAUAACCUCAUUGAUCGCAAGCUCGUUGAGAAGCUCCUUAGGAACUCUUCUUGCAAAGUUACAACUGCCGAAAAUGGGCCAAGGGCAUUGGAGUUCUUGGGCUUGACCGAUAGUGAGCAGAACGCCAUGAAUGGAAGGUCCAAAGUUAAUUUGGUUAUCACAGACUAUUGCAUGCCAGGGAUGACAGGCUAUGAGCUACUUAAGAAAAUCAAGGAAUCAUCUAGCAUGAAAGAGGUUCCGGUAGUGAUCAUGUCAUCGGAGAACAUACCAACACGGAUUAACCAGUGUUUGGAAGAAGGAGCUCAAAUGUUCAUGUUAAAGCCCCUCAAACAAUCUGAUGUGAAAAAACUGACAUGUCAGUUAAUGAAUUAGGUAAACUUGUAGUUUUUUCAAAGAUAAUAUAAGCAAAUGUACUAAAAAGGGAAAAAUCUAUGGCUAUGAUGCUAAAAUCCCUGGCAUUAGGAGUUAGGACUUAACUAGAAUUUUGUUACUGUCUAAUUAGGUUAGCUAAGGUGUAGGAAUGAUUAUCAUUGUUUUGAAGAUCCUGUGUAGUCUCUUGUAUUAACCUACCUAUAUAUAACAAUUUGUUUG